AUGUCCUCACCAUUUGGAGGGUUUACAUCAUUCAAUACGAGUACAAGUAAUGGACAAUCUGCAUUUACAUCUAACAAUAACUCAGCAUUUACUAAUAAUCAAUCUACAGCAUUUUCUAAUAAUCAAUCUACAUUUGCAAAUGGAUUCCUACCGAGUGGCAAUUUAAAUCAAAAUUUAAAUGAAAACAAAGAGACAAUAACAUCAAAAAGAACUCCAUUCAAAAAUCAAUCUAAAAGAUUUGGAAAAGCAUAUAUACAUUCUGAUACUGAAAUGAAAAGUUCAUCUCCUACUCCAACACCAUCAUCUAGUAAUAGCAGUAAUGGAAAUCAAUCACAACUUAAUCAACUACAAGUUUUCAAACCGAAAGAUGUUGAAAUUACAGGUCCAUUAUUUUCCAAUCCUCAAGCAUUUGGAUUCAAGAAACAAAACAAAAAUGUUCAACCAAGACCAAUUCCAAAAUAUUAUCUAACUCAACCAAAAUAUUUAGUUACAAAACCAUUUAUACAGAAUGAAUGGGAUAGACAAAAUCAAAUCAAAAUGACUCAAAUGGAAACGAACAAUCAAGGAAAAGAUUAUCAAGGACUUUAUGAAGAUUUUCAAAAAUUGAGAGAAAUUGAAAGAAAAGAAAUGGAGACUUUGGGUUUAGUUGAUGCUGAAAAUACAGCGAAAAAUUUAAAUGAAGCAAUCGCAUUUCAAGGUUCAUGUUUAGAUAUGUGUCCAGUAUUUGAAAGAGUUAGAAGACAAUUAGAAAACAAUGUUAAAAACUUAGAAAAAGAUCCACAAACUAAUAAAAUAUCAGUAUCAAGAGCUGUAAAAGCAUUUUCAAGACCUGCUGCAGGUCAACCACCACCAUUACCAUCAGAAGUUAGACCACCACAUGUUUUAAAAACUACAUUAGACUAUUUAAUAGAUACAAUAGUUGAUAAAUUACCAGAAGCUCAUUCUUUUAUUUGGGAUAGAACAAGAUCCAUUCGACAAGAUUUUACUUAUCAAAAUAGUUUUGGACCAGAAGCUGUUGAUUGUAAUGAACGAAUUGUUAGAAUACAUUUAUUAUCUUUACAUAUAAUGGCUGGUAGUGAUUUAGAAUAUUCUCAACAACAAGAGUUAGAACAAUUCAAUAAGGCAUUGCAAACUUUAAUGGAAAUUUAUCAAGAUGUAAGAAAUAAUGGAGGUACAUCACCAAACGAAGCAGAAUUUAGAGCAUAUCAUUUAUUAAGUCACAUAAGAGACCCGGAAUUAGAAAGACAAAUUCAAAAUUUACCACCUUCUGUUUUCAAUGAUUCCAAAAUUCAAUUAGCAUUAAAAUUAAGAAAAAUAGUAUCACAAAAUAAUUUGGUGGGGAGAGGUUUACAUAAUCUUAUUGGUGCAUUAGAUUUAUAUGUUGAAUUUUUUAAAGUUGUAUAUAGUGAAGAAACUCCAUUGUUAAUGGCAUGUUUAUUAGAAACUCAAUUUAGUGAAAUUAGAUUUUACGCCUUAAAGGCGAUGUCAAGAGCAUUUCAUACAAAAGGUAAAUCAUAUUUUGUCUCAAAUUUGGCAAACGUCUUGGGAUUUGAUUCAGAGACAAAAUUAAUUGAUUUUUUACAAUAUUAUGAAAUUGACAUUAUCAACACAAAUGGAGAAUUGUUGGUUGAUUUAUUUAAUAAGGAUAAAUUGGAAUCUCAAUAUAAAUUGAACUCGUUUACUGAUAAACCAAGACCUUCUCCUGUUUAUUCAACUCAAUUAAAUUCAAAGAUUAAAGGACGAAGUUUGAAGUAUUUCAUAAAUAGUGGGUUACCAAAUUCGGGGUUUAACUUAAAGAAUGAUGAUAGUGUGUUGAUUUCAAAUCAAAAAUUACCAGAAAUACCCAAGAUCCAGUCUUUACCAUCAUCUACAUUUGCAAUUUCCAACAACAACAACGGUGUACAAUCUAAUGAAAUCAAAAUACCCUCAUUUGAACCACCAGUACAACGGCAAGCACAAGCACUACCAGUUCAACAACAACAAAAGCAAUCAUUUUCAUUUGAAUCGGCACCUCAAAAUCCAUUUGGUCAACCCCCAACUAAGUCGACAUCAAUUGAAACACAACCUCAGCCAACAGCAACGCCUUUUCAAUUUGACUCAUCAAAUAAAACUACCACUUUUCCGUCUACUGCAAACAAAAGUCCAGAACCUGAAAUAGACAAUCCUCAAACAAAGCCAAAAAUUGAUUUUUCAUUUAAUAAACCUUCAUCUAUCCCAACAACAAAUUUAUUUUCAACUAAAAAAGUAACUUUUGACUCAACUCCAGAAAUUAAAGAAAUCCCAAACAGAAUUGAUUUACUCAAUAACGAACAACAAGCAACAGCAUUACUGGUAAAACCUAUUUCUUCACCAAUACCGCAACAGAAGAAAUUAAUUGAAAAUCCAAAGUUCCCUAAUGCUGCUCAAAUUGUUAUUGAAUGCAUGCUUAAGAAUGUCAUUGAUGAAGAGUUAAAAGAAUUUUUACCAAGAAUUAUACAUGAUCACAACAUACAAGUUAGAAGAAAUAACGUUAUCAAGUCAUUGACUUCACAAAUUUUUUCGGCUUUUGUUGCUGAAAUAAGUUAUGAAUCAACAUUGGAGUUGAAAGCAGUCCAUGUAUACAAUUCAUCAACCAAGAAAAGAUCAAUGCGUAGUUUAGUGAAAAAAGCAAUACAAUGUAGAACAACCUACCAAGCAAGGACAAAGAAAAGAAAUGAAUUACAAUCAGUGUCAUUUAUGCAGUCAUCAUUGAAAAGAGCAUUAAGUAAAGAUGAUUCAAGAGAUAACUCAUCAAGAAAAAAACAUAGAGGAUCAAUUGAAAAUUUAGAUAUUGGCAAAAAACAAUUAGAACUUAGAAAAUUUUGGGAACCAUUACAUUUGCAAGACUUUGUUAAUACUUGUGCAUCUAAUUUAAAAUUAAAAAUCAACGAUUUAAAUUUAAAUUUGAAAUGGUUAUUAGUGGUUGAAAAUUGGGAUACUGAUUAUUCGAGAUGGCUUAAAUCAAAAUUUAAUUUGAAAUCAAACAUGAAAUUAAUGGUUUAUGAACAAGAUAUGGAGAAUGACAAAAUUAAUUUAGAUCUUACAAGUUUACCAUCAAAUGAUAAAUUAAAUAAAGGAUUUUUCAGUAAAUGUUCGUUUAUAUUAUUAGAAUGUGGAUUAUGUUCUAACUCUGAUUUAUCAAUCAACCAAAAGUUAUCAACUGAUGCAAAAAUUUUGAGAAAAAUAUUAACAAUGAUUGAGAAAUAUUCAUUUUAUAAAGCUCAUAUAAUCAUUUUGUUUUGGGAUAUUAAUCAAUCUGGAUUAUCAAGUCAAGAAGUCACUGACAAAUUAUUUUUACAUCAAUAUGGGUCAUUUAAGAAUUUAAAGAAUUUAAUACUAUGUGAUAUGACUGUGGCACAAGAUCAACUUAAUGAGGUGCUUAAUUCUGCUGUUAAUAAAAUUGCAAUUGACUUUGAUGGGGAAUUGACAAAUAGAGGUUUGAGAAAUGAAAUUAGAUUAAAGACCAAAUUGAAAGUCGAUGAAGAAACUGAAGCACGUCUGAAAAGACAAGAGGAAUGGAAUCACUCGAACAAACUAAAUCAACUAGAACAAAAAAUGAUGAAUCAUGCAAAGACAUUAAAAAAAUAUGAUUAUUUAACUACAUCAUAUACUAAACCUAAACCACCAAAAUUGAAUAAUACAUCAACAACUUUCAACGCAAGUACCAUGGCAAAUAAAUCAUUAGCUAAAAUAAUAGCUUCUCGCGGAGGUGCAAGAUCAAAUUUAAGUUCUAUAAGUUCAUCAAAUUCAACUUUCUUGAAUUCUUCAUCAAUUAUUUCAAAUGGUUCUUUAUUCAACGGAUUUGGAAAAGGUGUUGUUGAAGAAAGUACACCAAUAAAUUCACCUGGUAGACCGUCAUCUAGAGUAUCUUCAAUAUCAUCAAUAUCUCAUUUGCACAAUCAUUUACAAUCUCAUGAUAAACCUAAAAUAUCCAAUGAAGAUAAAUUGAAAAGAUUAAAAGAAUUAGCUGCUGGCAUCAAAUCAAAAUAUCAACAAUCUGGCUUAUCCAAGGAAAAUUAA